AUCCGGUUUGAGCUAGUUCUGAUACUGGUCGGACGUUUAUGUUAAGUUACAGACUGCUUUGGAAGUGGAUUGUGAGGUGUAGGACUGUUUCACAGCCUUUAGUUUCUUGCCCGGUGAAAGGCUGCAUUGUUGUUUUUUUUUAUUUUUGCCUUACAACAUAAGUUACAAUGGGAAGAAAAAGAGCUACUGGUGAUGCAGAUGCAAGUGCAGAGCCACGGAGAAAGUCUCAAAGGUUGUCAGAAAGAGAGAAACAGCCAAAACAGCAGCCAGAAAAGGCAAAGGCUCCUCCCAAGAACAAAAAGGUGAAAGAGGCAGCAAAGGCCAAGCCAGAGGACAAGAAAGAACCCCAGGCAGAGAAAGAGACUCCUGCAGAAAACGGGGAGGACAAAGCUGAGGAGGCUGCAGCAGCAAAUGAGGCAAAUAAAAAGGAGGGCAAGACUGAAGAUAAAGCAGCAGAGAAGAAGUAACACCCCCUAAUCUGACAUGCCAGUACCUGUACCUCCUUUCUUGUACAAUCCAGAGAAUAUUUUUAUCUACUAUUUUCUUAAGACAGUAAUGUUUUUAGGGGUCUGAUAGGGGAGAAAUUACUUUUAAAAAUACUACAAAUUCCAUGCAGUUUCAUGGCUUCUGUGAAGGGAAAGUUUUGUAUAUUGGGUUUUUUUUCCAUUGUGGCUUUUUUUUUUUCUUUGUCUCUCUGGCUACUUAUUUUACCUUUAGGUUGCAGUUUUCUGCAUGACAGGCAGUCAUGUCUCUAUCAGGACUCCUAUGUUCAAUUCUGGGAGAGUUUACUUGUGUCAUGAGGGAGUUUGUAAGCUGUACUGCUUUUGACUUUAAAACAUUGUGAUGCUAUGUGAUUGUAUAUUUUUUGUUUGUUUUUAUGCAGUCAGAGUUGGUACAUUUGAAGACAGUUAUAUUCUCAGCUGUGCUCAAAGCAAAAUGCAUUACAAAGUUAUUCAUGCUUGUUGUGGUUUAUUAUUUCAAAUUAACUGUAUUUUCACUUCAGCCAACAAUAUGUAUUUACCACAGAUAUGUGGAUAUAUCCAUCGUGGUUUUGGGAUUUCUCUACCAAAUGUACAGUUUCCUUUAAAAAAAAAAGUUUUCUUUAAGAAUGGUAUAAAAUGCCUAUUAAAGUGGGGAUUUCUCAAGUGUUUAUUUCAUUCAUGUACAGUGAUCAACUUGAAAAGAGCCAUUUCAUGUUUCCCCUUAGUACCUGAAUUUAAUUCUUGCUAGUUUUAACCAGUACGAAGUAGCUGAUAAUGGUCUGAAAAUCUUUACACUUAAUGUGCCUGUAAUAGUAAUUUGCAGGUAACUUCAUGGGAGAGCUGGUAUAAAUAUUGCUGCAUAUUAGACAGAUAGGUGGACAUGAUAAAUGUAAAAUAGGUGGACUUGUCAUUAAUUAGUUAACUCAUUUACAUUUCAUAUAUACUGCAGGUAAAGCUAAAAUGUGGGGCCAGAUUUAAUGCACUUGGGACCUCACACAAGCUGCUGGGCUCUUCUUAUCCUUUUGUUCUGUGUAUUUUAUGCAAAGUGUUUUCUUGCUGGAAUACUAUCCGGUCCCAGGUUUGCUGUAUGAUUUAAGUGCAUUUAACUUUAAGUGAAUAUUAGAAUGUGCAUUUAUGUAAGAUUUGCUUUUAAUGGCAAUUUUCAAACAGCACUUUGAGUUUAGAAUCAUAGAUUAGUGUGUUAAUAUGUUUAAGAAUGAACCUCUAUGCUCAAACCAUUUUGUGUAGCAUUAUUUAUUUUAACCCAAACGCAACUGGCACAUUAACCUAUUGGGCACUGGUUCGAAAAUAGCGCCCGAUGGGUCAAGUCAUGUCCUUUAACAAAAAUAUCAGGCCCUGUGAUUAAAACUGAAGGUUUAGUUUAAUAGCCCAUAAUCAAAAUCUUUUUCACAAAUAUACACUAUAUAUAAAUGUAAUUACAAGGCUAAUGAAAACCACAAUAAACAUGUCCUUGA